CCAAAUUAGUAACAGAAAAUUAUAAAGAAUUAGAGCUUUCUACUAAUCAUCCUAAAUAAACUAGAACGCCAAUUUACAACGUAAACUCGUUAGCAAAAGCAUACACGUGCGUCUAUAACUCAUAAUCUCAUAUAAAAACCAAAAUAUAUACGGUUUAAUUUCGUUUAAGUGUUUGUAGUGAGAUCUCAACGUCUGAUCUUUUAUUAAAGUGAAGACCAGUUGUUUGAUAAAAUGUCUUAGUGAACUUAAGCCAAGAACCUGGGAAUUAAGUGGUGGGAAAAUGGUUUUACAUAGACAUGCUCACAGCUUGUUCUGCAAACAAAUUUAUUCGAAAAUAAAACCAAAUAGAUUGAGGAAUGCUAGUAGAUGUUUGUAUCACAGCUUGAAAGGACAACCCCAAGUGGAGAAUUUACCGGCGAAAUGGUUCGAAAAAGAAUUUCCAAUGCUACUAAAAUUGACCCAUUUGUUGAAAGAUUUGGACUUGGUUGAUGGAAAGCUUGUUAACAUUAAUGACAAUGUUGCAGUUUUCGAUGAGAAUCUUUUGGGUAGAAUGCAUGACUUUAAGUCCCUUGUGAGGACAUAUAUAGGGUAUUCGGCAACACAGUUAUCGUUGAAGAAGGAUUUGAUGUCGACUGAAUUGGAAUCAGAGCCGCAGUUGUUGUUUAGUAAGGCGAGUGAGAGGCAGCCGAUGAUUGUGAAUUCACUCACUAAAGUGUGCAAUUUCUUGGAUAUUUCUGCUCAGCGAAGGAAGGAAGUGCGUUUGUCGAUAGUUCCACAGGUUACACAGCAUCAGAUAUGGGCGGGUGCGAUUGAGGAGACACUUAAGGCGCUGAAGUCUGAUAUGGAUGUUCUGAAUCCGCGGGUUGUUAGUAAGGCUGACAACAUUGGUCAGCAAAUAGUUGUUACUUGUUUAAAAUUCUUAGAUGCUGCAACUUCGUAUGACCCUGAGGCCACUUCUUGGAUGCGGCCAGCACCUGCCAAGGUGGUAAGUCCGCCUGCUUCGCAGAAAUGGGAAGAUAUUCUUGAGAUGUUUAAUGAUUUGAUCACUUGCUUGAGAAAUGAAAAAGAGCUAGGUUUUCAUCUUGUGAAGCUUGAGGUUAUGAAAGAAGGCCUCUCUCAGAUCAAGGAUGUGUUGAUUGAUAGAAACAUUGGAUACAGGGAGACUCGUUACCAAGAAAGCUUAGUAUCAAAGAAGCUAUCAAAGACAUUAGGCCACUCGUCUCCAUGCUUGUUCACACUUUUACUGUAUUAUCUCUAUGGCAGUGUAAAAGAUAUUGAAGUAGAGCUCUGUGGCGGGAUUAAUUGUAACGAGGGAGGGAAUAAGUUUUGCUUGUACAUGGGGAAAAUUUUGAUAUUAGACGAGAGGAAGAUGGUUUCGAGUGGGGUGAAGCAGCUGGAUAGAGUUCUUGGAUUGUUCAAGCUUGUGUGGGAAACGUCGGGUAUGAAAGAAUCUUUAGAGGUUCAAGGCCAUUUAUGGUGUGUGGGAGCAGAGACGCGGUCGCUUACUUAUAAAGGUAACAUGUACUUUGUGCAUGGUAUCGGUCUCUGAUUUCUCUCAUCAAAGGAAAAGCAACUUGUAGCUUCAUGAUUUCACGUCCUGAUUUUGAGGAGAAAUAGGACCAAAGCCAAUUAAGAUCUAGGCAAAGCAACUCUUCCACACAACCAAUAAUGGGCCUGGAAAGAGUGUAAAGCAAAGCUGCGUGCAUCUCUCCUUUUAGUCUUGCAAGCUAACAAGUUCCUCUCAAUGGCGGGGUCAUGAACACGGAUCAUGAUUUACCAAGCAGUGGCUACGACUUGAAAGGGAACGUUGUAAGGGAAGUUCUUGAGGGAAUGCAUCGAAGUUGUCUGUCUCUAGAAUGAGGUCCCUGUGAUUGUCUUCGCAAGUGCUAAUGAGUAAUGAAGCCAUGAAGAAUCGCUCUGAGUUGAUUUUCCAAGGCUGCUCCGAAUGACUCCUGUUGACACUUGAGAAGUUCUCCAUCAGAAUUGCGGAUCACCAUUCCUAUACCAUUUGUGUUCCCUUUUGCGAAAGGCACGGAGUAGCACCAUCGCAUUUACUUUAACCUGACCUGGGGAGGGGAAGUACGUUUCCAGUGGUAUUUCAUGGUGAAUAGUGAGAGAGAGCUUAUUUGCUUACUACUCUGGGGAUUACACAUAACCAUAGAGGCAUUUGGGUUAACCUGAUCGCUUUUCUAAAUGAUUUCUCAUUGUUAAAGUAUAUGACUUCAUAGCCAUGACAUCACAACCUUGGCCUCCAAGCUCGUCACUGUAGCGUUACUGUAGCAUCACUGUAGCAGUACUGUAGCAACCUUGGCCUUCAAGUAGUUUUAUCAAUUUAAGUAGCUAACCUCCUUUGUAAUAGACAAGCUGAAUACUCCAUAUCAAUAUACAAGAGUCAUAGUUUGUUCUUCUCUUAACAUUGAUGUUCAGUUUCACCAUCUUCAUGCUCACAUUGCUUAUACAAUAUAUGUAACGCAAUCUCCGGUUACUAUAUACAUACACAAGCAGAGCAUCCCCGUG